UUGCCCAUCCGCCCAUUGAUUCACAUCUCGCCUUGCCGAACUCUUGCUGCGCGCUACCAUAUCAUCUGUAUUGAUAAUCAUCAUCGUCGACUACACAAUGAGCGGAGCUGGCGGCUUUUAUAAGUACCGAUGCAAGUACUUUUAUACACACAACUGUCCCAACUGGGUUUGGGUGAACAAUGCGCCUUGCGCAUCAUGUCUUGCCGAUGGACGCGAUAACGAAGGAUCUGCCCUACCAACUUGGGGGCUUCCACGAGACAUUGUCGUGCCACAAGUGCUGAACGGAAUUCUGCAAUACACUCUCAUGGAGCUUGUAGCUCCUUCAGAACCCGGCGACGACUGGACACUUAGAGACAAAGCCAACCGGCCUCCACCGUCAAUUCCCGUAACAAGUGCCAUGCCUGGCAUACCGGGGAUUUUAGCACAGCACCGGUUUUGAUAGCUAGAUUGAGGCGGCUCUCAAGGCACAUAUGAGCGUUAGCUUUAACGACGACAGGUGGAAAAUAAUAAUCGACGAGAAAAGACUGGACUGGGCUAUCGAGUACGGCAACACAGAAACAGACCGAAAUGCCUCUCUUGGUCGCCGGCCAUGCUGAAACGCGCCAUUGGGCGUGUGCAGUGUACGAUUUUUGAUUGACUGCAACACUGGACAAUGGAUGGAGCGGGAGGUUGGUGGCUGGAGCAAGACGGCGAGCAAACAAACCCACGCGAGAUGAGAUACCCAUGUGCUGCGUUGAACAUUUCUGGAGACGGGACUCCAUUCUGAACUUGUAUUUAUUUUUGGGCGGAUUUUUGUCUUCUUAUUGUUCGUUUCAUUGGGAUAGCAUACAGGCGUGAGAGAGUUUUGAUGGGUAUAGGAGCAAUUAUUUUCUUUUCUUUUUUGGUCAUCUUGGAGCUGGAAAACUGAUUUCUGACCUCUUUUCUGAUAAAGAAGACAAGCGAUGUGGAUAGGGCAGGCAAGACAGGGUCGUGAGAUAUGGUGUGCCUCGGAAAAAGAGCUCGUCUGAUAAUCCUUGUCCAACUGCGAUACUUAUCAGUCGACUGUUGUUUGUUUCUAGAUGAAGUACCCCACCGAC